GAGGGAGAGAGAGAUUGAGCGCGAGCAGGAGCGCGAGCCAGGCAAAGAGAGGCAGCGCAGCCCGGAGCUCCGAGGUGGAAAGCCAGGCUCCCGUCGCGCCGAUGCCGCCUCGCUCUGGAGCGCUCGGGACUGAAGGAGAGCACGCUUCCCCGGAGCAGCCGAGAAGGUCCAACUCUAUGUAAAGACGGAACCGCCACCGCAGCCGAAACCCCAGUCGGAGAAGCCCUGGCCGCUCAGCCCCGCGCAGGAGGAGCCCCCGCCGUCCCCGCCGCGCCCGCCGCCCGAGCCCGCCGCCCCUCCCAUCAUUCAGCGAGCAAGAAACCCUCCAGAUAUGCCCUGCGUGCAAGCCCAGUACAGCCCCUCGCCUCCCGGCUCCACAUAUGCAUCUCAGAGCUUUGCCUAUGGCUCAGAGUACAGCCCUGAGAUCAUGAACCCUGACUACAGCAAGCUGACAAUGGAACUGAGCAGUGCUGAGAUCAGUGCUACUGCUACCACCUCUCUACCCAGCUUCAGUACUUUUAUGGAGGGCUAUGCUGGGGGCUAUGAGCUCAAGCCCUCCUGCCUAUACCAAAUGCAGUCUGCCUCUUCUUCCUCCUCCUCACCAUCCUCUUCUGCAAGCCAGAGGCCUCUCAUUAAGAUGGAAGAUAAUCGGAUGCACAGUUACCACUCUUCACUGCCUCCUUCCAUGGAAGAAGGCGUGGCAAACGCCCCCAUGUAUUUCAAGCAGUCGCCACCUUCCACACCUACCACCCCUGGUUUUCCUCCCCACCAGGCCCCCUGGGAUGAACCGCCGCCCCCACACCCUCUUCCACCGGCACAGACCUGCAUGGCCCCUAGCCAUUUGAUGGACACUGCCCCCAUGAAAACAAUGUCUAGCCGUUUCCCACUCUUCCAUUUCAAGCAUUCACCACCCCACACGCCCACUGCCAGCACCCACAUGUGCUAUGAUGCCACCGCCUUGAAUCUACCCAUUGGACCAGAGAGGCCAACUGCGAGCCAAGCAGCUAUGGAAAAUCACCCAUAUGGGCUGCCAUUGUCCAAGCGAGCGGCCACCUUAGCCUUCUCACCAUUGGGACUCAAUGCAGCCACAUCCGGUCUGCUGGGUGAGAGCAGUGGUAGCAGCAGUGGCCUCCCUUCGCCCCACAGCCGAAGUUCUUCAUCAGGAGAGGGUACAUGUGCAGUAUGUGGGGACAAUGCUGCCUGCCAGCACUAUGGGGUGCGAACAUGUGAAGGCUGUAAAGGCUUCUUCAAGAGGACAGUUCAGAAAAAUGCAAAAUAUGUUUGCCUGGCUAAUAAAAACUGCCCAGUGGAUAAACGCCGUCGAAACAGAUGUCAAUACUGCCGAUUUCAGAAGUGUCUCAGUGUCGGCAUGGUCAAAGAAGUUGUCCGCACUGACAGUUUAAAAGGGAGAAGAGGCCGUCUGCCUUCGAAACCAAAGAGCCCGUUGCAGCAAGAGGCUUCCCAGCCCUCCCCACCUUCGCCUCCAGUCACGAUGAUGAAUGCUCUUGUGCGAGCUUUAUCUGAUUCUGCACCCAGGGAGCUUGAUUAUUCCAGAUACUGUUCCACUGAGCAAGCUUCUGCAGGUACAGACGCGGAACACGUACAGCAGUUCUAUAAUAUUCUUACUGCCUCCAUUGACAUAUCCAGAAGCUGGGCAGAAAAAAUUCCAGGAUUUACGGAUCUCCCAAAGGAAGAUCAAACUCUUCUCAUAGAAUCAGCUUUUUUGGAGCUUCUUGUUUUGAGACUGUCAAUCAGAUCUGACCCUGCUGAAGAUAAAUUUGUUUUCUGCAAUGGACUUGUGCUUCAUCGACUUCAGUGCCUUCGUGGAUUUGGGGAGUGGCUCGACUCAAUUAAAGACUUUUCCUUAAAUUUACAGAGCCUCAACCUUGACAUCCCAGCCUUAGCAUGCUUAUCAGCUCUAAGUCUGAUUACAGAACGACAUGGAUUAAAAGAACCAAAGAAAGUGCAUGAGCUAUGCAACAAGAUCAUGAGCAGCUUGAAAGAUCACUUAGCCUUCAGCUAUCAGAGCAAAGGACCUCCUUUUGAGCCUGCAGAGUCUAAGGUCCUUGGUGUCCUUGCUGACUUGCGCUCUCUCUGCACGGUCGGAUUGCAGCGUAUCUUUUACCUGAAAUUGGAAGAUUUGGUGCCACCCCCUUCCAUUAUCGACAAGCUGUUUCUGGACACCUUACCAUUCUGAGAAUCAGAUUUGCCUUCAAGAAAGGUAACUGUCUAUCUAAGUGGGCAUAGAGAUUGGAAUUUACUGCUAACAACGUUCCUCUCAUCUAACAGUGUGGGAAGCCGUUCCAACACUAAGCUGUGGACUUUUCCUAAUGCAUUUCCUUGCAAAGUGAGGCCUAAAACCUAACUUACAUUUCUGAAGAUAGCAGAUGGGGAGUUGGAUGCAGUUUUGUUUUGCUUUUAAUAGCUAAAUAUGGCACUUUUGAAUGAUAUUAUCCCAGCUAGAAGAAGGUGUUAAUAUGACUGUUUUAACUCUAUUGCAUAGCAUCUCAUCACCUUUGGUGAGUAGAAAAUUGUAGACGCUACAUGUGUGAAAACUGAAACAAUAACAAAUUGUUCAUCCAAGUAGUGUGUAUUUUAUAGUUUGGACUUUUCUCUUACUCCCCUUGCCAAAGGCAUACAUUAAAAUGCUUUCUCUCACGACUUCCCCGUCCCAAACAACGUUCAUUCACUAUUUCCUAUAAAUCAGAUAUAGCAAAAAGACAAUGGCUGUUAGCUCCCAAUCUCAAGUGCAAUUUUAACGUGCUGUCUUAAUAAGUCUUGUUUAUUAACUAUAAUUUAUUUUAAUAUGAAAAAUGAAAAUAAUAGAUAUAGAAGUGAGUGAGGAAAAUGGUUUUACAUGCAUUAACUUCCAGGACAAAGUUUCUCAAACUUUGAAUCAAUGUAGCAUGACUCACAAGCGUAAGCGUUACAGCAAGGAACCAGAGCCAGUUGUGAGAACCUCGCAAAUGUUGGCUGAAUUAAGUAAAUAACAACGUACAAGGGGUAUUUUUUUAAGUAAGGUCCGUUUGAACAUAAGUACACAACGAAAGUUUAUUUCAAUAAAGUAAAUUUAUUUUCAGAAAGCACAUACUUCACUCUAUUUUUCGACAUAGUUGCCAAGUUUGUUCAAACACUUAUCAUACCUCUGAACCAAUUUUAAAAUACCCUCUUCAUAAAAACUUGCCGCCUGCUCCGAUAACCAAGAGUUCGCUGCCGUUUUCACGUCAUCGUCAUCAUGGAUGUUGUCACGGCCAUCUUUGAAUUGUCGUACCCACUUACGCACUUUGCUUUCACUCAUAACAGUAUCACCGUACACUUCACAAAUCUGUCGAUGAAUUUCUGCAGCAGGCAGGUUCCUUGCUGACAAAAACUGUAUCACUGAGCGAACCUCACAUGCGGCGGGUGAGUUGAUAGUCUUAAACAUUUUUAAAGCACAGAACAGAACCGUACAGGUUAGCUACAGAGCGGAAACUGAGCACAGUUGUUCCCGAGGCAUGCCGGUACACGACGCACACGCUCGUUGCGGUAUGCGGGCGAACUACUAGUGUCUACAACAAAACGGACCUUACUUAAAAAAUACCCCUCGUAUAUUCAAUGA